AUCCACUUCACUUCCAGAACCCGAGUUCAUAUUUAAUUUCUGCUUUUCCCUGCCCUCCAUUCUGCAUCAUAUCCAGGGAAACACGAAGGUUGCUGUCUAAAAUUACGAAUCUUUCAGUUAUCUAAUUCCUUCCACACCACACCGACACAAUGCCCCGCUCCAAGCGUGCCAGAGUCGUGCACGAGUCCAAGACCGCAAAGAAGUCGCACAAGGAACAAACCAGACGCCUAUACGCCAACAUCCGAGAAUGCAUUGAGAAAUACGACCACCUGUUUGUGUUUGGGGUUGAUAACAUGCGCAACACAUACCUGAAGGAUGUGCGUACGGAAUUCGCUGAUAGCCGACUCUUCUUCGGCAAAACCAAAGUCAUGGCGGUCGCGCUGGGCCACACGCCGGAGAACGAAGCCGCGCCGAACCUGCACAAGCUGUCGCCGACGCUGACGGGCGCCGUCGGCCUGCUCUUCACCUCGCGCGACCCGGCCACGGUAACGGACUACUUCGACAACUUCCGGCCGCUGGACUACGCCCGCGCGGGCACGGUCAGCACGCGCGCCUUCACCAUCCCCAACGGGCUGGUGUACUCGCGCGCCGGGGAGAUCCCCGCCGCCGAGGACGAGCCCGUCAGCCACACGAUCGAGCCCGAGCUCCGCAAGCUGGGCGUGCCCACCCGCCUCGUCAAGGGCAAGGUGAUGCUGGAGCUGACCGACGACCAGGAGGGGUACCCUGUGUGCCGGGCCGGCGAGGUGCUCGAUUCGCGGCAGACGACGCUGCUCAAGAUGUUCGGCGUCGUCUCCUCCGAGUUUCGGGUCGCCUUGAAGGCGCACUGGACCCGGAGUACGAAUGAGGUCGAGCUGUUGGCGAAGGAUGAGGAUGGCAUGGAGGAGUAGUUGACGAACCAGAAAGAAGAAAAAAUGAACCAACUCAGGAAUACCUAUCAUCUUUUAUCAUGUUUUUCUUUUCUCUCUUUUCCACAGGUCUGCGGGGCGGGUCUCUUUCAUAUACACCAUUGUUUUUGUUUCUCAUCUAGAAAAGUUUCAUUUCCCUUUUAUUUAUGAUUCUCCUUCAAUUACCCCCCUCCCCGCCCGUGUAUAGAGACUGAAGAAUAGAAAUAAAGUGCCUCGGCUUAGCGUUUAAGGCUGGUUUGGUGCCAGCGCAUGAGCAUGAACAGACACUGC